CUCCCUCCUCCGUCCACCUAUCUCUCCACUCGUCGAGCUCAUCACAUCACAUCGGCAGCCGCCUCCUCCCUCUCCAGCCUCCGCUUCCAAUGGACGCCGCCCUCGCCUUCUCCUCCUCGGCUCAGAGCCCUAACCCCAUGCGCUUCUCUCCCUCCGCCACUGCCUCGCCGUCCUCGCGCGUCCACCAGCGCCUCUCCGUCUGGGGCCCUCGGCGCGGGCGCCCGCUCCUCGCGCUCCGGUCCCAGGCCCCCGCGGCCGCGGCCGCCGUCUCCCACCACGACGUGGUCGUCGUGGGCGCCGGGAUCGUGGGGCUCGCGAUCGCGCGCCACCUCCUCCUCCACACCCCGCUCUCCGUCGCAGUCGCAGACGCCGCCGUCCCCUGCUCCGGCGCCACCGGCGCGGGACAGGGCUACAUAUGGAUGUCGCACCGGACGCCCGGGAGUGACACGUGGGAGCUGGCGGUGCGGAGCAAGCAGCUGUGGGAGGAGCUCGCGGCGGAGGUCGACGGCCAGGAGGGCGGCGGUGCGCGGGAGCGGCUGGGGUGGAUGAGGACAGAAAGUGAAAUGCCACUAUCAAUUUUGUUAAGGAAGCUUAUUAGUUGGGAGAACUUUGGAAGAGCUGGCCACAUUGGAGGAAAGGACCAAGGCUCUGUCUCAGGCUGGCAUACAUGCGGAGUUCUUGUCUGCCUCUUCAUUGCAUGCAUUAGAGCCGGCACUGAGUGUUGGAAAAGCUGCUGGUGCUAUGUUCUUGCCUCAAGACUGCCAGAUUGAUGCAUUCCAGGCUGUCUCUUUGAUUGAAAAGACCAAUAAUUCGUAUUCCCCAGAAGGGAGGUACAUGGAGCUCUAUAAUGAUCCUGCCAUGUCAUUAAUAAGAUCAGAAGUUACUGGGACAGUUGAAGCUGUCCAAACUUCCAAAAACAUCUUGUAUGGCAGAAAAGCUAUU